AUGCUUUCACUUACUCGUAGACAAAGUCAUCGUGCGUACAGUACUCUCAUAUUUCACGUAUCACAAUCAAUUACUUUUGGUACUGACUUUUCCGUAGCAUUAUCCGGCAAGAUUAAAUACUAUAGGCCUGUCGCGACGAGAACGGGAACACUCGCGGGAUUGCUUGCCAUCACAUUACUACUCAUUGCGUUGCUCGAAUAUUCCUGCCAUGUGAUCCCAAAACACUCUGGAUUUGGUUCUACAGCGGCAACGUUGGCUAACAUCACUCGUUCAAAAUUAGAUGAGAGAGAUGAUUCUCCUUCUCGAGAAAGGAUUGCUAGAUCAGAGAGUAUAUCGAUUGCAUUGACCGCUUCCACUGCGAUAUCGCCGGUGUUGACUUCUGCUGGAUCUGCUGCUGAGUCUACAUACCUGACGUCAAGUAUUCAGUCGCCUGAGUCGACCAAUCCGUCUUUGACUAUCCCUCUGACUGCUUCUGGAUCUUCUUAUUUGACUCCGGAGGGCCCGUUAACCAUAUCAGUAUCAACCGCUCCCAUUACUACACAUCUGACUUCUAGCGGCUCCACCGUGCCUGCGCUGUAA